CGGAACGGUAUUGUCCCCAUUUCGUGGAGGAUCUUCUGAAAAUGAAGGCGUCGUCGAAGAAGGAUUUCGACUACGGAAUGCUCCCGCUGGAGAUCAUCGCGUGGCCCGUGGGCACCUGGCCGCUUCAGAAAUACGACGUUUACGCCAAUUUGCGGUCCAUCGUCGCCGUCGUCCUCUUCCUGUUGAUGUUCGCCAUCGUGCAAGCGGAGAUAUAUUUCGAUCACAGCGACCCCGAGAAGAAUCUGGACGUCCUGGUGUUGACAGCGUGCUCCAUCCUGUCCAUGUGGAAAGUGACGAUGUUCCGCGUCCACAGCGAUCUCCUCAUCGCGAACUUCACCUCCGCGGUGAAGGACUACGAGGAUCUCGACGGAGAAGAGGAACGCGCCAUCGUGCGACGCCACGCUCGCAUGGGACGAGUGGCGUGUGCCAGCGUGAUCGGUUUUUCGUAUUUCGCCGCGACGUUAUUCCUGGCAGUGCCUAUGUUGGCUGGCGACGAAGAGGUCGCGUUAAAGGACGUCAACGUCACCCAGGAGGACGAACUGGAUUUUCCUAUCCCCUCCACGUACACCAUGAAGAACCUUGGCAUAUCGGAACAGUUCACUUCGGUGGUUUUCCUCGUGGAGUACGCCAUGCUGCUGAUGUCGUGCACAGGGAACGUCGUUAAUCGUUUGCGCAAUGAAAGGCCCAAUUUCCACCGUGAAGGACGGUUGACGAGUCGAGACGUGUGUCGAGCAGGUAGCGACGGAUUGUUCUGCUCCAUCACGUUCCACCUGUGCGGACAAGCGGAGUUACUGAAGCUGGAAUUCAAGAGAUUCGUCGAGAAAAGUGAAAACAUUUCGGAACGUUUCAACGGGCUGACCAAGAGGCACCGUCACCUCUUGAAGCUAUCCAAGAUGCUGAACGACGCGAUCAGUUCUAUCUUAGCGGUGCAGUUGUUCAUGAGCUGCAUACUUAUUUGCAUGACUGGUGUUCAACUCAUCCUGUCGCUGAACGUCGGGAACAUCGUCAUGGCGUUAAAAUCGUUGCUAGCGGGAAGCUCGAUGGUGGGUCAGCUGUUCGCGUACAGUUACGUGGGCGAGUAUUUGAAGAAUCAAAUGGAAGACAUCGGUUACUCGGCUUAUUGCAGCACCUGGUACAAUAUACCGAGCAAAUUAUCAAGAGACAUCGUUUUCGUCCUACUGAGGUCUCAGAGACUGGUCCAAUUGAAGGCUGGACAAUUCUUCGUCGUGAAUAUUGCGACUUACAUGAGUAUCGUGAGGAUCUCGAUAUCGUAUCUGUCGGUUCUGAGAGUAAUGAUAAUGUCGAUGGUCGCCAUCGUCCAAAUUGAAGUGUACAUGGACCAUACGGACUCCGAGAAGAACCUAGACUGUCUGAUGUUGACCUUUUGCGGCGUCAUCGCGACAUCCAAGGUGACGUUGUUUCGUCUUCGUUCGGAUGGCCUGGCAAACAACUUCUCCUCGGCUGUGAAGGACUACAACGAGCUUCAUGGAGAAGAAAAACGAUUAAUCGUGAAGAGGCAUGCCUGCAUGGGGCGAGUGGCCUGCGCUACCAUCCUCGGAAUCUCGUUUUCGUCGGUGACAAUGUUGCUCACCGUCCCUGUGCUAUUCGAAGAGAAUAUCGACGAUGAAGCCGUCAACGUCACCCACAACGAUAGCAUGGACUACCCUUUCCCCUCCAAAUACACCAUAACGAUGCUGCACAUGCCGAAAUAUCUGGAUCCAGUGAUUUUUCUUGUCGAGUACAUGAUAAUGAUGGUCGCUUGUACCGGCAACAUCGGUAGCGACGGAUUGUUCUUCGGUAUCACGUUACACCUCUGCGGACAAGCAGAAGUACUGAAGCUGGAGUUCCAAAAUUUCAUCCACACAACCGAGAACGUAAUGGGUCGUUUAGACGAGUUAAUCUGUAGGCAUACUCAUCUCUUGAUACUGGCCAAGAAGUUGAAUUCCACGAUCAGUUCUGUCUUGGGCGUGCAGGUGUUCAUGAGUUGCAUACUCAUUUGCACGACUGGAUUCCAAUUCAUUCUAUCUCUGAGCGUCCGCAACAUCAUCAUGGUGAUGAAAACGUUUACAUUGAUGUGCACGUUCCUGUCGCAGUUGUUCGCGUACAGUUUCGUAGGCGAGUACUUGAAGAAUCAAAUGGAAAGCAUCGGAUACUCGGCUUACUGCAGCAGCUGGUACGAUGUAUCCAGCAAAUUGCCGAAGAAUUUUGUGUUCGUUUUGCUGAGAACUCAAAGGCUGGUGCAACUGAAGGCUGGAGAAUACUUCGUCAUCAAUAUGGAAAGUUACAUGAGCAUCCUGAAGACCUCUAUGUCGUAUCUAUCGGUCCUGCGAUUAAUGGAUCCCUCAAAAGUGGAGGCGUCGACGAACGAGGACUUCGCUUACGCGAUGUAUCCCUUGAAGAUCUUGGCGUGGCCCGUGGGCACCUGGCCUCUUCAGAAAUACAACUUUUCUUCGGCUUUGCGGAGCAUCGUCACCGUCGUCAUUUUGAUAAUCAUGAUGAUAAUCGUGAACGUGGAGUUGUAUUUGAACAUAAACGACGCUGAGAAGAAUCUGGACGCUCUGGUGUUGAUCGGUUGCGGAAUCCUGGCGGUAUUCAAGGUAACGUGUUUCCGAACCUAUUGCGACGGAUUGGUCAUCAACUUCUACUCUGCGAUGAAAGACUACAACGAACUCGAUGGUGAAGACAAACGCGCCAUCGUCAGACAUCAUGGUACCAUGGGUCGGAUAGCGUGUGCCGGUGUGUUAUGCUUUUCAUGUUUGUCCGCGACGUUUUUUACGUCAGUGGCGUUAUUCGCUGGAAACGACGUAACCGCGACGAAAGAUAGCAAUGCAACGAAAAGGGGACUACUCGAUUACCCUAUCCCCUCAGAAUUGACCAUGGAUGCUCUGAAAAUGCCCAAAAAUGUCUACCCAGUCAUCUUCAUCUCAGAGUACGCGAUGCUGUUGGUUACGGCCGCUGGAAAUCUUGGUAGCGACGGACUCUUCUUCGGCAUUACUUUUCACGUGUGCGGCCAAGCUGAGGUCCUAAAGUUAGACUUCACUAGAUUCGUGGAAGAAACGAACAAAACGGCUGAUCGUCUGAACGCGUUGACCAACAGGCAUUGUCAUUUGUUAAGUCUAUCCGAGAAGCUAAAUGACAUAAUCAGCAAUAUCUUGGUCGUACAACUAUUCACGAGUUGCUUACUUAUAUGCACGACUGGAUUUCAGUUUAUUCUAUCUCUAAGCGUCCACAACGUGAUGAUGGUGAUUAAAACGUUCAUUGUAAUGAGCACGGUGUUGUCACAGUUGUUCGCGUACAGUUACGUGGGUGAGUACUUGAAGAACCAAAUGGAAGGCAUCGGAUACUCGGCUUAUUGUAGCAGCUGGUACGAUAUACCGCACAAGCUGUCGAAGGAUAUCACUUUCAUCCUGUUGAGAGCUCAGAUCCCGGUGCAUCUGAUGGCUCGACAGUUCUUCGUCGUCAACAUGCAAACUUACAUGAGUAUCGUGAAAACCUCGAUGUCAUACCUCUCGGUUCUUCGCGUGAUGAUAACCACGUAAGAGUUUGUUUAUAACUUC